GCUCUGCCCCCUCCUUGCUUGUUCUUCCCACUAUGACUAUUUGUUUCCCAUAGAACACAGCCUGUCGGAUCCAAUCUUGGGUUAGUUAUUUAAAAAAUCUGUAGCGCCAUCUUGCGGCUGUUGAAAUAUAUACUUCCGUUCGUUCAUGCAGAGUUUUUAUUCGGAACGAUUGGUCACAACAAUAACAACAACCACCACCAUGGCAGCAGCUGGCGCUGACAUGAAGCCCCUUCAAAAUGCCAUGAAAAUAGCUAAAGUGGCUAUACAACUGGACGCAGGGAACCGACAUAAGGAGGCUUACUGUGAAUACUUGAGGAGUAUCAACUUCAUCUCCCACUCACUUUUGGAGGAUGCUGUAUCGAGGCAGGGAGAGAUAGUAGCAGUAGAGGUGGAAAAGAUGUUGAGGCUGGCUGAGCAGUGUUUGGAGAGAGCCAAGUCCUCCUUCAUAGGAAGGAGAGAUGAACCUGCAACCCCUACCUCCUACACGACACCUAUCAACUUGGCAGCACUCAGCCUGACCACAGCCUUAGCAGUAAGCCCUGGAAAGAUUGUUUCGCCACAACCAGAAGAGCCGGUUAUUUACUCGGGGCCUAAACAUAACCCCAGGCCUGGACAGCGCAGAGUUCUCUCUGAGGGUGGAGGGGAGGUCACCACCUUCCUGCCCCCAGAAGUCUUCCAGAGUUUGCAGAUAGUGGAGUCACUGGAUACCAGGAAGGAGCUUACACCCAUAGAGGAGGCCUCGCGGUUGAACCAGAAGUUGAAAGAAAAUUAUGAAGCUCGUCUGGCCCGACUCCCCCCUGCUCAGGCCCGUACACAGAAGACUUCCCUGACACUCUCUCUUCAGAGGCAGAUGAUGGAGAACCUGAUCAUUGCCAAGGCCAGGCAAGAUGCUCUCCAAAGGAAGAUGGAGGAGAGGAGACUGCGGCUGCAGGAGGAGGCCAACAGGAGGUUUGCCGCAUCUGGAACAAUUACUGCAGAAGAACAGGAGCAACGUGUUCUGUACACAAAUGUUUUGGAAUAUGAACAAGAUCAUGACUGGCCCAAGCUAUGGAAAACCAACAUUAAGAAAAAUCCUAAUGAUGCCACAUUGGUUUCUGGGCUUGUUUCAUGUCUUCUCAGCUGUCCAGACCACCCUGUGAUGAUGCUACUGAAAAGGCUCCAGUACAGAGUUUACAACAGGCUCUACCCAAUCGUGAGUAAGAGUCUCCCUGCAAGUCCUGCCCUGCCCAUGAAACCCUCCCACAGCGCUCAGAGCCUGUUGAUGUCAGACUCUCAUCAGAACGUGUCAAAAUCAGAAGUGGGCCACAGUAUGUCCUCCGAUGCCUCUCUCAAUAUCUCCUUCUCCCAUGACCAUAUUGCUAACGAGGAGGAUAGUGAUGGGCCCCAUACACUGGACAGGGAGAAUUCGUUUGAGGAUCUGGAGCAGUUUCUGACACAGCUGGACUGGGCUCCAUCACAUGGGGACCCUGACGUGACCUUUGAACAAUCACAGUUGGAUCAGGAGGAGUCUCUCGUUCAAGACUUGGAGAUGCGUGAUCUCAAAGAACACCUCAAGGCUAUUGUGAAGGACAUCCAUAUUGCCAUUGAUCAACUGCUGUCGCUAUGUCUGCUCUCCUUUGAGUGUCUGAACACAGCCAGUUCUAAGGACCUGUGUGUGGCCAGUAUAGAAGAAGCCUUCUUCACUCCCCUCUGGAGCUCUUUGUUGGCUCUCUUCAGGAAGGUCCAUAGAGAGAAGGAGCUGUCCUUUGAGUCCAGUAUGAGGCUGUAUCGGGAUGCCUCACCUGGUGAUGUUGGUGUCGCAUCGAAACUGUACCCCCAGGACCCUGUCGUGCUGCAUGGUUCCUACCCCUAUGAUUCGGCAGUGCAAGAGCUUCGCUUGCUGUGCAGAGAUUGCUGUCCCCAGAGAAAGCUGGAGUGCAUUGUUCGAACGUUGCGUCUGAUCUGUGCUUGUGCUGAUGACUACUCCUGCCUUCAUGAGGCAGAAUCCAAAACCGCAGCCAUUGGGGCAGAUGACUUGUUGCCCAUCCUCUCCUAUGUGGCUCUGCACUGUGAGCUGCCUCAGUUGGUGUCAGAGUGUGCUGCCCUGGAGGAGUUCAUUCAUGAAGGGUAUCUGAUUGGAGAGGAGGGCUACUGCUUGACCUCCAUGCAAAGUGCUCUGCAAUAUGUGGAGUCAUUGCACACAGGAGGAUUUCAGCUGCACAACACUAAAUUCACCUGAUACAGGAUGAAGAUUUGUUUAGAACAGACAUAGAGAGCGGUUGGGGCAGUGUUGACCUGAUGGGUCUGUGUGCUGGAAGCCUGGCAGGGAGGAGGGGAGAGACACUGACGGGCAUAUGGCUGGAUUGUUCAGAGUGUUUCCGGACCAGAGGAGAAAACAUGCCAAUGCGAAUCAGGAGGAGUCCAGACAACCGCAGAGGACUAACUUUAAUGCAUAACUCGUGCUCACUGUGUCCCCUUGAAUCGCUUCAAGUCCACUUACCUUGUCACCCACAUGCAAGCUGAAAUCUCAGUCAGAGCUCGGAUCCUAUCAGGACCCAUUAUGCCGUAACAGACUACUCAGUCCCAGCCUCCUUGGCAGGAUAUACUGCUCUAUUCCCAGACAGAUCCUCGCAACCCCUCUUCCACCUCCCCUCAUAACAGCCUAUUACACGUACACACCCCAUGUGGUGCUGACAUCCAAUACACGGACUCUAUAAAACAAAACCUGAGUGGGCUCCCAAAUGGCACAAUCAAGGGUCUGGAAUCAAACCGGACCCUGGUUUGAUUCCAGGCUGUAUCACAACCGGCUGUGAUUGGGAGUCCCGUAGGGCAGCGCACAAUUGGCCCAGUGUCGUCCGGGUUUGGCUGGGGUAGGUCGUCGUUGUAAAUAAGAAUUUGAUCUUAACUGACUUGCCUAGUUAAAUAAAAAAAUUAAACCUGCUCUUUCCAUGACAUGGACUGACCAGGUGAAUCUACAGUACACAGUUUCAUUGUAACCCUUGAAAAACACACCUCAUUCAACUCAUUGAGGGCUUGAUGAUUAGUUGAGAAGUUGAAUCAGGUGUGCUUCUCCAGGGUUACAAUUCAAAUGUGUAAUGUUGGUGUUACUGGAGGACCAGGGUAGGGAAACACUGGUGUAACGUACAGGAGGAGCUAGAGGUGAAGCAGCGGAAUGUUUGUACUUCUGGUGGCCAGACCUGGGUUCAAAUACUAUUUCCAUUGAUUUUCAAUAGAUUUCUAAACAAGUAAUCAGAUAACCUUUAUUUGGAGAAAACAAAACAAGUAGUUGAAUAUUGGAAUGUAUUUGUGAUGUAUCACUGAUGGGCUGGGAGCGUUUUGAGCUGAUUACUUUUGCCUUUCAAAGUUUUUUGCAUUAUGGGGAUAGAAAUUGUUUGACUUGCGACUACAUGUUGACUGCAAACAUCAACUGAUCAAAGGUCAUGAAAUUUUGACUGCAGGUUUAUGCAGUUGAUCAAUACCAGCUUUAUCCUGCAGCCAUCGCCUGCAUUGUUGAUUAUUGUCAGCUAAUCAUUUGGGUGUUUUUGUUUGACCCACAACAAAUGUGACCAACGACAUGAAACAGGAACCAACUUUGUAUACAGUGGAUAUGUACAAAUGAAUGUGAUAUUUGAGUCCCCCUCUCUCACCAAUUGAUUGUACAAUGUACCAUCAUAUUUUCAGGUUGUGAGUGCUUGAUAUGGAGGUUGGAGACAUGUUUAUUUCGACAUUGUUUAUAAGAUAUGUUCUUUAUAAUGUCAACACUGCCAUGAACCUUGCGGUUGGAAAAACACAUCAGUGUCCGACUUUCGGUUGUCACAGGUGCACCUCCCCCGACUUCACUCCUCAACCUUUGUCUACAGUCUACAAAAAAUCUAUUUAAAAAACAAGUAUCAAAAUACACAUGCACUGUAUUUGAACCAAGGUCUACUGGUGGCUUGUUAUAUCAGCCUAUAGCCCUGUGUGAGGUACAGUGUCCUGGCUCUAGAGUGUGAUCUAUACCAGAGGGUGCAGCAAUAGGAAGCCCUAGGUUGAGAUAGUUGGGCUGAACUUGACAACAUCUGUGUUCGGUGGGUUCGUCCUCACCAAAGGACCAUGCCAGGCGCCCUGGAAAGUAUGAAUGACAGCUACCCAGUGCAUUUGUCAACCCAUUGCCUGCUGACAUCUACUGUUCAUGUCAACAUUGGGAACUAAUCAUCUGAUAAGAUCUGGUGUGUGUGAGGCCAUGCCCUGACGAUGCUGGCGUGAGAUCAAACUGUCCUCUCCAUCUCCCUCUGACCUCAGAGCUGGCCACAAAUUUGAUUAAAGUUUGUGGAGUGUGUAAUCCUCCAGAAAGGUCUCCAAAAACACUAAAUAAUCAUUUUUUUAAUAGAUACAACAUUAAAUAGACAAAUCCCUCUGCUCUCUCUUUCAUCAUACCACUCUAAGAGUUGUUUCCCUGUCUGUCAUAUGUGGACCGGACCACACACACACACACCCACCCACAUUAUUGUAACUUAAGAUUCAUUGUAACAAAGAAACACAAAUACUUGCAGGUGCUUAAGUGAUAUAUAAGAGCACAUGUUCAAAAUGUUAUUUUCAGAGUUUCCCAGAAUGUAUCAAGUAAAUCUGUUCCCUGCCAGUCUGUCUCUCAGCCUGACUGUAUGUUGUGGUGUCUUUUGGCCUGUGAAUGUGAGGCAUGUGGGGUUUUUUUUAUUCAAAACUUAAGCUUUGGUAAGCACUUGGUACACUCACACAGGAAGGGGAGCAUGAUACUGCCAAGGUCUCAUAUUUGUUUUUUCCGUCUGUUUUAAUAUUUCAAUCCCUUAACUGGUUCACAUGUUUUAAAGGGGGAUGGGUCAGUCCAAUGUUUUAUGAAAACCAGAAAAUAAAUUUGAUGCCCACUUAACAAGCAAGGUAGAACAGUUAUCAUGACUUCAGUCUGUCCUCAGUGAUCUGUUGUGUCAUCAGGUAUAGGCCCAGCCCAGAAUAUCUUAAACUUAACUAGUGCAAUUCAUCAUUUGCAUUUCAAUUGUUUACAGUACAUAUUGAAUUACUUUAAUGAUAUAUAAAGACAGCUGUAUUUUUGUCUGCUCUAGUUCCUUUUAUUUAAUGCAGAACUACACCAUUGUCAACAACAGCUUCAGUGCCUCUUAGUGAAACGUCAAAUGAGGUCAGGUGCCAUACAACCUGCAUAGUGCUCUUUGUCAGGAGGGAGACCCUCCUAUUUGACUGAUCUGUGACCCACUGAACGCUUAAAAUACUAAUGUUACGUCGCUCUGUAAUUUUGUAAUACAUUAAAAAAAUCCCUUCUCACCCUA